GGCGGGACAUACACAGAAUGAACGAGAAGAGCGACUGCAUUUGAAGACGCCGGCGGAAGCAUUAAUGUAUUAAUGCAGCGAUAAUACAAGUCUUAUAUAGACAAUUCGAAGACGUGUUUCCGUCGAAAGGAUUUGGAAGCCGUUUGCCGCCCAAACGCAACAUUUUAAAGGCGUGAUGUGCUGGUCUUGGGCCCUCGUGUCCAUCCUGGUGCUGUGUUCUUUGUUGUCGGUGGGGACCGUGAGGACCGCCCCGUGUCAGACCUGCCGCAAACUCGCAGAGCGCUUCAUCAAGGGCUUGGAGCGAACAGCCAAUAAGAAUUUUGGGGGAGGGAAUACAGCUUGGGAAGAGGAGAAAUUGGCGAAAUAUGCUCGCAGUGAGACACGUCUGUUAGAGAUUGUAGAGGCAGCAUGUGAUAAGUCAGACUUUGAAUGCAACAGACUGCUGGAACAGAUAGAAGAUCAGGUGGAGACAUGGUGGUUUCACAGACAACAGGAAGCUCCAGAUCUGUUUGAAUGGCUGUGCAUUGAGGAGCUCAGACUGUGCUGUCCACCUGGACACUACGGACCGGAAUGUGCAGAGUGUCCGUCAGGUCCUGGAGGAGUGUGUGGUGGUCUGGGUCGCUGUGAGGGUGAGGGCACACGUCUGGGAGAUGGAGAGUGUGUUUGUGACCCGGGAUACUCAGGCCCCCUGUGUCAAGACUGUGCCGAUGGAUACUACAGAGAAAAGAGCUCUAAUCACACGCAGCCUUCCUGCUCAGCAUGUUAUCACUCCUGUAAAAAGUGCACAGGUUCACAAGAUGACAAAUGUCUGGACUGUAAACCUGGAUGGAUCCUUCACAGCAAAAAGUGUGUAGAUGUGGAUGAGUGCGGCACUGAGUUAGCUCGCUGUCCAUCAAACACGUACUGCUUCAACACAGAUGGCUCUUAUGAAUGCAGAGGUUGCGAUCAAGCUUGUGUGGGCUGUAUGGGCAGUGGACCUGCUCGCUGUAAGAAAUGCGCUCAAGGGUUCAGAAUCACUGGUGCAAAGUGUUUAGACAUUAACGAGUGUUCUGAACGAGCGAUCGCCUGUCCAGGACUCAAUGAAGCGUGUAUAAAUGAGGAGGGAUCGUUCCACUGUGAGUGUGCAGAGGGAUUCAUUAGACGAGACAGCAUCUGUGUAGAGAAUCUACCGCCUGCUGGCCCAGAGAAGGGUUUGUUUGAUGACAUGACUGAUGAUGAGGUGCUAGUUCUGCAGCAGAUGUUCUUCGGUGUCGUCAUCUGUGCACUUGCUACACUAGCUGCCAAAGGAGACAUGGUCUUCACCGCUAUCUUCAUUGGCGGAGUGGCCGCAAUGGCUGGAUACUGGCUCUCGGAGAAGGGCGACCGCAUCCUGGACGGCAUACUUAAAGGGCGCUAACCAAUCAGACGCUCAGGAGCUCAAACAAGGGUUACGCCACUGAAAUGCGACGCUAUCAAGGAACACAGACAUGAAGAAGGGAAGGGACACUGGUUUUAAUAGUCGCAGCUAUUGCUAUGCAUGUCAAGCAGGGAAGUUUAGGACUAUAAAGCUCUGGUUUAUAGUCAAUAGUGGAUAAUGAUGUCGCUGGUUUGUACUAAGAUCAUUUAUAACACUGUGUUUCAACAGUUGAAUUGCUGCUGUAUUUAUGCGAGACUACUAGGGGACUUGACAAGGUUAGUCAAUGGCUACAUACUUGGGCUAACCCGAAGAGACGUAUGCAAUGGAUUCAGGUAGAAGUACUGUAUAUAUUGGCAUAGAUUCUUCUCGCUACCAUAGAAAGUACUGGUAAUGUCAUUUACAUUCGUGGUUCUCCACCGGCCAGAUUUAACAUUGCACAUCGAUUAUCAGAAUUGUUUAUCACAGAAAAGUAAUUAACAUUACAUUUGGGUUUCUGCUCUCGCAGCCAAACAUUUUCUUUUCUUUCAUUGUGUGUAGUUUGAUGUGUUUUACGAAAGAGAGCAUGUUGCGCAACCGGUCCAUGUUGGCAUCUGCACAAUUUGGUUAGCUGGGCCAAUCUGUCAACUCAUCCAGAGGUCACCGGCUCAGAAUUUUCUUUUUGAUCUUUUUUUUUUUUUUUAAACUAGUGAAGGAAACAUAAAUGAUUAUGAAAGCCAAUUAUUUUGUAGAGGCGGGUCAAAAUGAGAAUUUUCGUCUGAUUUUGGGAAAAAAAAUACACUUAGAAAGGUGUCAGUGUCAUGAUUUUAUUUUUACACACAGAUAGGUAGAUCUAUUACUAAAAUCAGUUGACUUCAGCACCUCUUGUUGCAUUAUAUGCCAGUGGUGUGAGUCCAAAAAUGGAGUGCCUAUAACUGCAGAAGUAUUAAAGAUAUCUUAAUAUAUUUUUAGAUUGUGGUUGUGAACAGAUUAUUCUCUUAAUUUUUAAGGCCCAGUAUGGUUAAAUCCCAGAGAUAUGGGGCUCUCAAUGUGGCUCCAUGCAUUAAUUGUUAAAUAUUACAUGUUUUCAAUGGUCGAAAACCACAAGUGGGUCAUAUGGUAUAAAGCUAGUUAUUCUUGUCCAACAAAACAAUUAUUUUGGCUUUCAUUAUCAUAAAUGUUUAUCUUCCCUCAGAAAAAGUAUGUAGAGUAUAAUUGGACACAUAGCCUUUUGACAUCAACAACAAAAGAUAUGGUACGUGUUUUCUCCUCACUUUUACAAGUUGGUUAGCUUUUUUAUUUUGCUGUCUUUGCACAAUUAUGUGAUUGGUUUCAUUUUAUUAACAUUUAGCAUUAUUUUCCCUCUACUGUGUGUGAACUUUUUGGAACAGAACAAAGCUGCAAGUUUUUGAAGAACCACUGAUUUACAUUUCUUUUACUCACAAACUAUAUUUAUUUCAUUAACGCAUACAUAUUUCCCACUGCGUAAAAGUUUGUAGAGAUGUGUGCUUGACGUUGAUGAUGUCGAAGGCAAUGGAAGCUAUAUUAGACACUUGAAACACUCCAAAAGGGUUGUUAGUGAGAAACGUCCAGAUCUCUUUGUCCAAAUAGAAGCAUUCUCAAAUGCAUGAACUAUGACCCCAUAAGACUGUGUCUAGUGUGUUUGACAUGUAGUUUGAAAUGACACUGCCUGUAAGCACUGUAUAUGAGUGUGUGUGUGUGUGUGUGUGCGCAUGGCAAUUUAGGUAAUUUGAAGGGGGUUCCCACACUUUUUGACCAAUGGACUUUCAUGACUUUUCAAUGCAUACCUGUCAUUUGUGAUUCCUUUUUUAAAUCAUUUUCAUUCACUGAUGAAUAAUUCAGACUGAUUUGUGAACCAGUUCAACUGAAUCAUUGAAAAGAACCAACUCAGUUGAACAAUUUGCUCACAAAUCAGACAUCACUAUAGCUUGAGAGCAAGUUUUACUCUACUCAAGAGUAACAUCUUCCCAAUGAAAUAUUGUAAUGUUGAGCAUAACUAUAAAAUGUGUCCAGGCCUGGAAACCCCAAUUUUAGAUUUCUAUGAGACUGUGGGAACAUUGUUUUAAAAAUGAUUAUACAAUUGGAAGAUUAUAGUAAUUAAUAUGCUUUUGUUCAUCGCUCUUUGACACUGUUGUUUAGCUAAGUGUAGUUUUUAAUUUCUGUGUCUAUUACACCAAUGCAGCACAUGUGGCCUUCUUGAUUAUUUGGUUUCAAAUGUUUUUAGUUUCAUCAUAGACGGGCCAAAUGCAUUGAUAUUCUUCUCUUAACACUGGAGUAAUACAGCUGCAUGCUUUAUCUUCUGACUUAAUACUCAAAUCACUCAUUGCAGAAUUUAUUUUGUUUUGUUUGUCAUAUUUAUUUUUCUCUGUUUGUGUGUUUGAAUAUGCCACAUAACAAUAGGGACGUACUUUAUACUAUUUAUAUAACAUUGGAAACAAUGGGCAUGAGGUCUGCCAGCCUUAAUGUGAACUGUGUUUUAAGUUGUUUUAGCACCUCUUGUUGGGGUGGACAAUACAAUGAUUUCAUUAAAAACCCAUUUAAGUGA